AUCAUUAUUACAUGUAAUAUAUUUACCCAUGCUCGAAUGCACACAUGCAUGUAUAUGUCUGUGUAUGUGUGUCUAUAUGUAUAUAUAAAUAAAUUCAUAUAUUAAUGAUUAUAAUUUCAACCAUAUCAAUUCUCAUAUAUGCAUGAAAUAGAUCUCAUGUUAUAGUCAUUAUUCAUGGUAUUUAAUCUAGGUAGCCGUAAAUGUGUUUUUACCUUUUAAUGAAGUAAGGAUUUUGUGGCAUAUAAAUGGAACAUCUUGAUAUGGUGACUGCAUUGAAAAGUGGUGUGAUAAAUCACUCUUCGCUUCAAGAGAAUGUGAUCCACGAACAAGCUCCACUUAAGGUUCCAUUUAUCAUUGGUGUUGCUGGUGGGACGGCAUCUGGCAAGACGGAGGUUUGUAGCACCAUAAUAUCAGAGUUUCAUAAUCAACGUGUAGUUCUCAUAAAUCAAGAAUCAUUUUAUCUUCCACUCGAUAAUGAUCAAUUGGAAAGAGUCCACGAAUACAACUUUGAUCACCCCGAUGCAUUUGACCUGGAGCUUCUUCUUUCAUGUUUGGAGACACUAAGAAGCGGACAACCUAUAACUGUUCCCAAUUACGACUUAAGGAGACACAAAAGCCUUGUGCCAAUGCGUGUGGUGCAACCAUCUGAUGUCAUCAUCUUAGAAGGAAUUCUAGUCCUUCAUGAUCCUCGAAUACGCAAUCUCAUGAACAUGAAGAUCUUUGUGGAUACAGACUCCGAUGUUCGUCUAACAAGGAGAAUUCAACGUGAUACCCUAGAGUGGGGAAGAAAUGUUCGAAGUGUGCUUGACCAAUAUGACAAAUUUGUGAAACCUGGUUUUGAGGAAUUUAUUCUUCCGACCAAGAAAUAUGCUGAUAUUAUAAUCCCCCGGGGAGCAGAGAAUAGUGUUGCAAUUGAUUUGAUAUUACAGCAUAUACGUACAAAGCUUGGUCAGAAUGAACUUUGCAAAAUAUACCCAAAUGUCUUUGUUAUAAACUCAACUUUUCAGAUUCGUGGGAUGCAUACGCUUAUACGUGAUGCCAAAACAGCAAAACACGAUUUUGUUUUUUAUGCAGACCGCCUCAUUCGUUUGGUUGUGGAGCAUGGUCUAGGUCACCUUCCAUUCACGGAAAAACAGGUCACUACUCCCACAGGAUCUGUUUAUAGCGGGGUAGAUUUCUGUAGAAGUUUAUGUGGGGUAUCAGUCAUCAGAAGUGGGGAAAGCAUGGAGAAUGCGCUUCGGGCAUGUUGCAAAGGAAUAAAAAUUGGAAAGAUUCUAAUUCACGGAGAGGGCAAAAGUGGUAGGCAGUUGAUCUAUGAGAAGCUGCCAUCAGAUAUUGCAAGUCGUCAUGUGUUCUUGCUUGAUCCGGUUCUUGCUUCAGGCAACUCUGCGGUGAAAGCUAUAUCUGUGCUGCUUAGCAGGGGAGUAGCAGAGUGCAACAUCAUUUUCUUAAACCUAAUAUCGGCGCCUCAAGGGUUACGUGAAGUAUGUGAAAAAUUUUCGAGAGUGAAAAUAGUGACAUCUGAGAUAGACAGGUCACUCAACAAGGAUCUACAUGUGACGCCAGGCAUGGGUGAAUUUGGAGAUCGUUACUUCGGAACUGUAAGCCCCACCAUUGACAAUGCUUCCUCUGAAAAUAGGGUCACCAGAGAAAAACUUUGAAAAUGUAGUAUAUUUAUGAGGCUUGCAGCUGCUAAUAGUGUUAACCAUAUUGGACAAUAUGCUUUGUAUAAGAACCACAAUUUUGAAGAAAAAAAGAAAUUCUUUUAAGGAAGUAGGACGAUAUUUGUUAGUGAACAAUAUUUGUAUGUUAAUAAAGAAUCAUACAAUAAUUUUGCA